AUGUCGAAAACACCACUCGUUUUCAUUGUAUCUUUACUGUUAGCAUCUAGCAUUCUGCCCGCUGUACCAGCAGUGGAGAUCGAACACGAAAAUGAUUUCACCUACAACUAUGAUUCCUACAAUUUGUCUCAGGCAACCCAAGAUUUGAAACAUCUCAAUUCGAACGGUGAUGGUGCCGAACCCAAAAACGCAAAAGAUCAAAAAUUUUUAAAGGAAAUUUUUCAAAAAAAUCGAGACAUAGGAACAAUUAAUCUAAAUGAAGAGGUAGGAGAGAGAUUGAUGUCUUCAGAACGUGGUAUUCACGUUGAUGACAACAAAAUUAUUAAAACCUAUAAGAGAUUGAAACGGCAAUCAGAGUUUAGGUGGAAUACUUUGGAAAAAUUUUUACCCGAAUACAACAUUACGAAAACAGGUAUAUGGUUUACAUCGCUUCAAGAUUUUCUUCAUGUGCAUUUGAAACUGGGAUCUACUACAUUUCCGACUCAUCGCAACCUUCCUGACAGCACUGUGUAUGGCUGUGCCGUGCGACCAACAUGCAGCAAACACCCCGAUGAGAACAAGCAUGCCUUCAUUUGUGCGUUUACAGGACCAAAUGAAUACUCUCUAUCCAAUCUUGAUCGAACAAGACCUACUAUCACUGAACCUACCAAUGCAACUACUACUACCACUACCACCACCACUACUACCACUACUACUACUACUACAAGGGGUACAUCCAAAACGAUAGACUUUAGGUACAUCAACGCAACAGGAAAAGGAUUCUCUCGUGAACAGACGAGUAAGGCCAUACAAAUUUUUAAGGAGGUGAUUUAA